AUGGAUAUCGUGGCACUAACAACGGUGAUUAGCAGACGAAAAGGCGAGGAGCGAAAAGUUCUCGACCACGGCAGGAUUCGAACCUGCAAUCUUCUGCUCCGUAGGCAGACGCGUUAUCCAUUGCGCCACGCGGCCUACUGUGGAUGGACAUCAUGGGCACACCAGAAAAGGAGCGAAAAGUUCUCGACCACGGCAGGAUUCGAACCUGCAAUCUUCUGCUCCGUAGGCAGACGCGUUAUCCAUUGCGCCACGCGGCCUGCUGUGGAUGGAUAUCGUGGCACUCCAACGGUGAUUAGCAGACGAAAAGGCGAGGAGCGAAAAGUUCUCGACCACGGCAGGAUUCGAACCUGCAAUCUUCUGCUCCGUAGGCAGACGCGUUAUCCAUUGCGCCACGCGGCCUACUGUGGAUGGAUAUCGUGGCACUCCAACGGUGAUUAG